UUCAGGCAACAUACAGGAAGUCUAAUGGCACCUCCUAGUCGGUUUCUUGUCCAAUAAUAUUUUUGUAUUCCCUGAAGAGCUGAUUCAUGGGCAAUAUGACUUCUGCUGUUCUGUUGUCCAAGAUUUUGACAUAAUCUUUUAUGAAUCCUGUUGAGACUUCAUUUAGUUCUUUCGCCGCUCUUUCAAAAAACAGUGCAAUCUCAUUGAUAAUCUUUUAGAAUAAAAGUAAUGUGUUAUUCACUUGUGCUUAAUUUCUUACAGGGCCUGUUAUGGUCUCUUGACGUUUGUCAUGGAGAGUGGUGCCAAGGGAUGUCAGAUAAUAGAAAGUGGAAAGCUCAGGGCCCAGCGAGCUAAAUCCAUGAACUUCAAGGAUGGAUACAUGAUUUCUUCUGGUCAGCCAGUAAAGGAAUACAUUGACUCUGCAGUGAGGCAUGUUCUCCUCAGACAGGGUGUUCUUGGAAUCAAGGUCAAAAUUAUGUUGGACUGGUAUCCAAAGGGGCAACAAGGGCCAACCACUCCACUUCCAGAUCUUGUCACUAUCCAUCCACCAAAGGAUGAAGAGGAAUACAUGAGACAACCGUUUUGGUGCCAGCGAGAUACCCUUGCAUGAUGGCGAGAGUGUAUGCUUCACAUGAAUUUUACUAGAAGAGUUGCCUUAAUUAUGAUUUUCACAAAACAUAUGUUUGAUGUAACAACAAGUAAGGGCUAUUUAUCCUUGUUUAAUCCUGUUCUUUUUUGCGCC